AUGACCAUGGCAGACAGUACGGUGGACCCCAGCAGCAGCACCAGCCCGCCCUCUCGGCCCUCAACACCAUGGCCCGCCAACAACGCCAACGAUGGUAAGCUAGCCGCCUCGCUGCAGGCCUACAAGCGCGAAAACGCAACCCUGAAACAGCAGCUGGCGCUGCUGCUGCGCGAGAAGGAGAAGGAGAAGGAGAAGGGGAAGGAGAAGAAAGAGACGUCCUCAUGCAAUAGCACCACCACCACCACCACCACCACCGAGCCAGAAUGGCCACUCCUCUCCCAACUCCAACCCGCCCUCGCUCUCCCCACCUCCAACACGUCCACAGCCCCCACCCACACAAUCCACGCCCUCUACCUCAGCACGCCCCUCUCGCGCGCCCUCCUCCCCGCCGCCGCAGAAUCCUGCUUCGCGCACUCGGAGCUGCAGGAAUCCCUGCUGCUGACCUCGCGCAUCCUGCGUUAUGCGCACGAUGAUCGCUCCCCCGGCCCCGCCGCGCAAGCACCACGCAUCGCAACCCUCCUCCUCGAAGCCGCCGUCUUCGCCGUCGCGGGGCUGCUCGCCCGCGCUUGGGGCCGCGCCAGCGAGGCGUAUGGCGCUGUGAGCGUGAGCGGGGGCGUGAGCGCGCAGCUGCGCGUCAGCGUGUCGUUCAUGCGGGCGGCGCUGCUGGGGCGCAUGCGGCGGUUUGGGCAAGCGAAAAGGGAGCUCGAUAAGUUGGUGCGGGUUUUGGGCGAGGUUGGAGCAGGAGAUGGUGCCGCUUUGGGGGGUGUGUGGGGGUUGGUUGGGGGGAUGGUGGCGGGGUGGGGGAGGGAUGGAGAUGGGGAGGAGGAAGAAGAGGAUGAGGCUGAGGCUGAAGGUGAGGAGGAGGUGGAGGUGUCGACGCAUGUCCCGUUGUAG